AUGCCUCGUGGUCAUAAAAGUAAGCUCCGGGCCCGUGAGAGACGCCAUCAGGCCAGAAGUGAAAGCUGGUCUAUUCAAGAAGUUCAGGCCACUAAAGCAGAAGAGAGAGGGACCCCUUCCUCCCCUUCUCCCCUUUGUAGUAGUGAUGUCCAGAGCAUCUCUGCUGCCAAGUCACUUGGCAAAUCUAAGAAGUCUUGGAGGCCCACCACUGCUUCUUUAAGUGCUCCAUGCAUCAAGUUGGAUGAAGGUGCCAAGAAAAAAGAUAAGAAGAGAUCAAGCACUUCCCGGGUACUGCCCUCAACUAGUUAUUCAUCUUCAACCCAGAGAGAUGAUCUUGCAGUUUCACUGGUACUGUUCAUGCUUCAAAAGUAUAACAAGAGAGAGCUAAUAACAAAGGAAGACAUACUAAAGCAGGUCAUCCCACAGAGCAAGGAGGAAUUCCCUGAUGUUCUUAAGAAAGCCUCUGAGCUCAUGGUGCUGGCCUUUGGUAUUGAUAUUAAGGAAAUUGACCCAACCAGACACUGCUAUGGCCUUGUCAGCAUAUUAAGUCCCAUUGGUGAUGAAAUUAUGCAUGGUGAGGCAAUAAUGCCCAAGAGUGGCCUCUUGAUGACAAUCCUGUGUGUGAUCUUCAUGAAUGGCAACUGUGUUAAUGAGGAAUAUGUCUGGAAAGUGCUUAGUGAGAUGGGGGUACAUGCUGAAGUCAAUCACUUCAUCUAUGGAAAUGUCAAGCAGCUCAUCACUAAAGACUUUGUGAGUGAGGGAUACCUGGAGUAUAGGCAGGUACGCUACAGAGGUUCUUCAUAUUAUCAAUUUUUGUGGGGUCCCCGGGCCCACUAUGAAACCAGCAAAAUGAGAGUCCUUGAGUUUCUGGCCAAGGUCCAUAACACUGUUCCCAGUGCCUUCCCAUCCUUGUAUCAGGAGGCUGUGAGAGAUGAGCAAGAGAAAACCCGAGCCAGAUUUGCAUCUAUGAUUCUUGUUGGUAUCAUAGCUAGUGCACAGUCCAAUGACAAUUCCAGCCAUUCUUCCAACCAGCACUGA